CCUUCGGUUUGCGCAGGGCACGAACCCGCUACCCCAGAAUCAGCCUGCCCUACAUCCCUUUCGGUGAAGGGUGAAGCAGUGAACUAGGCGAUUUUCCUAUAAUGGCGGAAAAGAAGACUGAACAGCAGUUUUACACAAGACCGCCGAAAUUAGGGAAAUGGGAAGGCUUCAGGAUUUUUCUUUGGAAUUCCGAAACAAAUCAGUUCUUGGGGAGGACCGGUGCCAGUUGGGGAAAGAUCAUCCUAUUCUACAUCAUCUUCUACGCAGCCCUUAUAGGGUUCUUUGCUGCACUACUGGCUGUAUUUUAUCAGACUUUAGAUAUGAAAAAGCCUAAAUGGCAGUUGGAUAAAUCAGUUAUAGGAACAAAUCCAGGGCUGGGAUUCAGACCAAUGCCACCCUUAAUCGACGUUGAAAGUACUUUAAUCCGAUACAAAUACGAUAACAGGGGCAACAUUCAAUAUUGGAAAGAACAACUCGACGACUUCUUAUCAAUUUACAAGGCGAAGAAGGACGGCAACAGAACCAACGUUGAGAGUUGCAUCCAAGGAGUUUCUCCGGCUAAAGAUAAGGUUUGCGAACUUAUCAUUGAUGCCUCGUGGAAGCCAUGUUUACCGGAAUAUUUCUACAGUUUUAAUUCGUCCAAAAAAGGACCUUGCAUUUUCCUUAAACUGAAUAAGAUAUACGGAUGGAUUCCAGAAUACUAUAACUCAUCGUCGAUGCCGAAAAAUAUGCCACCAGAUCUACAGGAACACAUCAGGGAAUUGGAAAAGAAUUACAGUAUCCAUGGUUCAAGUGAAAUGCCGAACGUGCUCAAAACAGUGUGGGUUUCGUGCGAAGGCGAGAACCCCGGCGACAUGGAAAACAUCGGUCCAGUUAUCUAUUUCCCUCAGCGCGGAUUUGGAGGUCAGUAUUUUCCGUUUUUAAAUCAAGACAACUACUUGAGCCCACUGGUUGCCGUCAGUUUCGAAAGUCCUACCCGUAAGUACAAUAAAAAAAAAACUAAACUUUCUUACUUUUAGCACAUUUUUAAUAAAAUAAUUAAAAAACCGAAAUCAAUAUCUUCUUUCCUUUCCAAUCAAUGACAAAGCUAAAGUCAUGGAUGAAAUUGGAUCUGGCGUAUAUGCGAGUUGACAUUGAGUUGAAAAUUAAUAUGUAACUUUAUUUUUUUUUUCUUUUAAUUUUUGCAACUUUGGCAAUUUAUUGUAAGCUAUUUUAGCUAGAUAAAAUUUUGAACUUACCACUGAGUAGGUCUCAGAAGGUCACACUUUUGAACUAUUAUGUGAUCUGUCAUAAAUUAUGCCCUUGGCGACGUGGUCCUGCACUUUAGAUUCCAGGUUAGAGCUUAGGAUUCGGGAAGACACCGGUUCGAUUUCGAUCAGUUUCCUUCAAUCC